CAGGCGAUGGAGAGCAGAUCUGAGCUCCUGGGAUACCUUGGAGCCCGCUGCUGCCCAGCUUCCCAGGAAUCCAGGAGCCCGGCCAGGUGCUCAGGACACCCGCCCCGGCCCCAACAUGCUUGUGGCUUCCACCACCUCUGCUGUUCUUCAGCCCGUCUCUCCACCCCUUCCACUUGGCAACAGCAGCAAGGAGAAGCCUGUGGACGCCCGGAACCAGCUGCUGGCCCAGGCGGAGGUGGCCCUGCUCUCCAUAGUCUUUGUGGCUGUGGUCCUGAGCAAUGGCUUGGUGUUGGCAGCCCUGGCUCGGCGGGGCCGUCAUGGCCGCUGGGCACCUAUGCACGUCUUCAUCGGCCACUUGUGCCUGGCUGACCUGGCUGUGGCUCUGUUCCAAGUGCUGCCCCAGCUGGCCUGGGAUGCCACCGACCGCUUCCAAGGGCCCGAUGCUCUGUGUCGGACCAUCAAGUACCUGCAGAUGGUGGGCAUGUAUGCUUCCUCCUACAUGAUCCUGGCCAUGACAUUGGACCGCCACCGUGCCAUUUGCCACCCCAUGCUGGCACAUCGCCACGCAGGUGGAGCUCACUGGAACCGGCCAGUGCUGGCAGCCUGGGCCUUCUCGCUCCUUUUCAGCCUGCCACAGCUGUUUAUCUUUGCCCAGCGUGAGGUGGGAGCUGGCAGCGGGGUCUUCGACUGCUGGGGUCACUUUGUCGAACCCUGGGGCCUUCGUGCCUAUGUCACCUGGAUUGCCCUGAUGGUGUUUGUAGCACCUGCCCUGGGCAUCGCUGCCUGUCAGGUGCUCAUCUUCCGGGAGAUUCAUGCCAGCCUGGUUCUGGGGCCAGCAGAGGGGGCUGGGAGGCGCCGAAGAGGGUCCCGGACAGGCAGUUCCACCGAGAGAGCCCCUGUGUCAGCAGCUGUGGCCAAGACCGUGAGGAUGACGCUGGUGAUUGUAAUUGUCUAUGUGCUGUGCUGGGCGCCCUUCUUCCUUGUACAUCUGUGGGCAGCGUGGGACCCGGAGGCACCUCUGGAAGGCCCCCCCUUCGUGCUGCUCAUGCUGCUGGGCAGCCUCAACAGCUGUACCAACCCCUGGAUCUAUGCCUCCUUCAGCAGCAGCGUCUCUUCAGAGCUGCGCAGCCUGCUCUGCUGCGCUUGGAGGCGCACCCCACCCAGCCUGGGGCCCCAAGAGGAGUCCUGUGCCACCGCCAGCUCCUUCCUGGCCAAGGACACUUCCUCCUGAGAAGCCAGGGGGCGCCUUCCUUCCAGAGGCUACACAGAGCUCAGCCGCCUGCCAGGGGGCUGGUCCUGGCGUUCAGAGGGAGGAGGGCCAA